AUGACAAAACAUUCACGCCUAACGGCUGGGUGUCAGGCACGCACAACCGAGGCCACGAGCAGCCCCAAACACAAACAAGCUGACGCGGCCUCGCUCACUGACACCCGCCCUCCGCCCAGUGUUCCAACCUGUGAGCCCCGUCCCCCCCAAACAGCUGGCUUCCCCCAGACUCCCCGCCCCCGGACGCUUGGGGGCGGGCACUCAGGGCCCUUCCGCCCCACGCAGACGCCGGAACAAAUGCAGCGCCCUUCUCCCCGCCCCCCGAUCCCUUCUCCGGAAUGUGAUUGGUUGACUGCCCGGAGACUAUUAACGGCUGUGAAGUUUGAAAAUCCAAAAGAGGCACUAGAGCCAGAGGUGCAGACGCGUAGGGAGGCCGGGGCGCUGCUGCCGGUGUUGGGGCCUCUGCUUGGGCGUAGGAGCCCCGGGACAGCCACCAACAGUGCAAUGUUUGCUUCAGAAAUGGAGGAUCUACACACUUCUGCAACUUCCUUAUUUUUCACUCAGAGAAUUAAGAGACAUGUAAAGGACAAGAAAUCUUCAAGAGUCAAUAAGUUGAAUACUUCUCUUGCAUCAAAAAUAAAAAACAAAAUAAUAAACAAUUCUUCGAUCAUUAAGAUUUCUUUAAAACAUAACAACAGGGCAUUGGCUCAGGCUCUGAGUAUAGAAAAAGAAAAUUCUCGAAAACUUACAACUGAAAAAAUGAUGUUGCACAAAGAAGUGGAGAAAUUGAGUUUUCGAAAUGCUUUUCUUCGUCAAAAGCUAAAUCAUCUGCAUAAAACCCUCAUAGAAACAGAAGCCUUCGUAAGCAGUAACUUGAUAUCUGCAAUUGAAAUGACAAGCCACCCUGAGGAUUAUCAGAGUCCCUCUCUAUUGCCAGCUAGCCAGAAGAAAGGUAUUGGUAAACAGUUGGAUUUAUUACACCAUUCAUUUGGGAGAGAAAUUCCUCACAUCAGACCUACCCAUUUGCCUAUGAGAGUUCUGCUUACAUCAGCAGAUGAUGAUGACAACGAUGGUGAUGAAAAAGAGACAUUUCAGAAUGACAGCAAUCUCACAACCAAGAAAGUACCUGAUUCUCUCACUCCAGUAGCAUCCAAAGUAUCUUUAUCUAAUCAAUUCCAUUUGGAAUUAUCGCAAAGUCCUGAGAAAAAUAAUCAGGACAUAGAUGCCCAAGAUAAUCCAGGGAGAAAUUUUUCUGUCACCAAUGUCUUUUCCACAGAAAACCAGACCCAUCCAGAAGAAAGUUCCUCAGCAAGUGAACUGAAUAAUCUUCAACAUGUUGGGCAGGAGAAAAAGAAAAGAUCUCGUAGUAAUAGUCAAUCUGGAAAUGUGACUGAAAGAAAAAAGCGUCUUCCAUCUUGGGAAUCAAGUAAUUUUCCUGCAGCAAUUCCCCUUGCAGUGGAUUUGGAACAAAUAGUUUCAAAUAACAUAUUAAAUUGGAGCAGCAAGAUAAAUGACAAUUCUAUAGCUACAGAUACUAAAACACAACAAAAUGGAUUGUGUCUUGACUCACAGUCUCAAUCUGUCAGUGAACUUAAUGCAGAGUUCCCUACUGUGGUGCUGCCCAGUGAUGAGCAGCAACUGCACAAAACAGUAUAUGAAGCUGAUAUGGAUUUAACUGCGAGUGAAAUUAGCAAAAUUGUUACAGUUCAAACAGGUGCCAAAAAUAAAAGUAAUCAUAAAGCUAAGUCUUCUGGGAAGAAAGCUUUUAGAAAAGUGAAAGAUUCAAGCAGUGAAAAGAAUAGAGAGAAGUCAAAAGUACAACCAAAAACUAGUUCAUAUUUACACAGUAAAGAAAGGGAUAAAGAUACAGAAGAAAGCAGUUCUCUUACUUUGGCUGAGAGUAGUAAAUCAGAAGAUCAGAAGCUCACUUUGGAGACUAAACAGCUUGCUCAGUUAAACACCUUGAAGAAUGUAACAUUUGCUAGUGAGCAAAGUGUGGUACAAAUUUCACAGCAUCAUGAUAAAAAGAACAAAGUGAGAAAAACAUAUGUGGUAAAUGAUGAAGAGAUAGUUACCCUUUUCCCCCCUAUGUCAAAUAAAUCCCACCAGGACAGCAAUUGUAGUAUGGGACAUAGUUUCCAAACUUUUGAUAAAGGCAGAGAUUUUAGAAGGACAUUUGUGGUUGAUAAUUCAAACAAAGAUACAUGCUUUCCAAGUCAAAAGGAUAAUGAAACAGUCUCUUGCAUAUUAGAAGACAAGCUACAAACAAUCCUUAAAUGUACCAAUGGUAGCCAAAGCCUAUCUGAUUGUAGGACCCAAAAUUCAUUGGAUGUAGAAAAGCAGAUCACUCGUGUGCAGCCUUCCAAACAAAGCACAACAAAUUUAAGCAAAAAGUCUGUGAAAUAUAGCAGAAAAAGGAGGCCAUAUGAAUUACUUUCUGAAGUUAACCAACUACAUGAAAAUAGCAACAAAGUUGUGUACCACAAGGAAAGUCAUAUGGAAGACCUUAAUUCAGAAAUAAACAAAUCUGAAAAAAACACUAAAUACCAAAUGAACAAUAUUAAAAAUGCAUCUUGUGUAGAAGUCAUCAGUAAAAAAAUGGAAAAUUACAAUCAGUGCUCAGAUCUUCAAAAACGGGAUAAAAAAUAUAGCAAGAAUUCAUCAGGUAAACCGAUGAGUUUAUUGAUAAAAUCUAAGCCCAAAACCUUCAUGCAGCCAGCAGAUCUUACUCAACAUUCUGUUCCCUCAGAGUCAGGUUUAAAACACUCUAUGAGAGAACUGGAAAGUGAUCCUGAAAGCCAGAAUGAGCACCAGAAGGGCCAGACUCAAAGCGCAACCACCACUCUGAAUAAGAAAACAUCACUAAGUUCUUUUAUGAAAGUGGCUGCAGAAAGUGAAUUACAUGUUAAAGUGUCAAAUAAAAGAAGAGAAUCCAAGUCAAAAAAGAGCCGAAAGACUUAUGUAGUUGCUCCAAUUGAUCAAAAUGAAGUAAAGGAAAAAAUACCUGAGACUGUUGAGGAAAGGUUAAUACCAUGUGAUUCUGAGCAAGUUAAUCAGGAACAAAACUUGAAAAAUGAGAAAAUAUUUGCCCAAAUAAAGCCAGAUCAAUUCAUUUUUAACCCAGUAAUGGAGAAUAGUUCUUGUCCCUUGAAGUCUUUAGCUCAGGUGGAUUCAUCUAAUACAAGGCGAUUUUCUCCCUAUACCAUCUCAAAGGAGGGUUUGUUAAACUCGGACAUUUCAAUUGCUAGGGACCAGAAACUUCCAGGCAAUGUUACUUUGAAGGAACCCAUCUUUCAGGUGGCUGACACUGAGCAAAAGUGUGCUUUCCAAGAGAAGACAGAAGGGACAAUAUUUCAAGUUGGCGGAAGAACAGAAACAAUUGGAAAAGAUACCAAAGUACUACAAGAUUUGACAAACACUAGUUUUGUUUCCCACAAUUCUUCUCCUAAAUCUGAGAGUGCAUUGGAUGAAGUUUCUUCAAUCUUGCCAACUAAAAGAAGGCAAGGUGCUGUUUGCUAUAAAGAACCAAGUCUUAAGAGGAAAUUGAGACGAGAAGUUGAAUUUGCAAAUUCUGAUUUUCUGGAUUCCCAACCUAAAAAGUCAAGAGGAAGAAAAAAGAAAGAAGCUAAGGAAAACUCUCAAGAAAUACUUUAAGUGGUUAAUUUUUUUUUAUUUUGCUUUUAUAAAACUAUGGAAUGAUGCAGUUUCCAUUCUUAAGCUUAAGCAAAUAUAUGUAAUAGCUGUUUUGUAAUUUUGCCAUUUAUUAAAUGUUUUGUUCAAGACCAUUCAUGCUGUGUAAUCUCAUGUUUUUGCUAUUUUAAGUUUCUCUAGAUAAAGGCAGAUUACUAUAUAAGCAUGAGAUUCAAUGAAACAUUUUAUGUGUUUUGACA